GUUUCUUUAUUUUCCCCCGCGGAGCUGAAGCUGCCCGUGGAAAAGAAAACAGCACUGACAGCUGUGAUAGCGGAGAGGAGAAACAGCAGGAGAGCAGAACCCCUGAUAAGAGGAGGAACCAAACGUUACAGGGGAAGAAAACUGGAGGAUCUAAAGCGUCUCCUGCAGAAGAAGAGCAACCUGGAGGAGGCACAGCAAGAGGUCCAGCGGGCCCCACAGAACCAUUUCACCAUGAGUAUGUCUGGGACUCUGGAGAAGGGCGCCCACCACCAAGCUCUGGACCUGUCAGAAGAACUGCCGCCUCCUCUGCACCACCACCACUCCAACCACCACCUUCACCUCCACCACUCCAACUCCAUGGCCUCCACCUCCGCCGUAGGCGGGGGCAGAGAAACUCCCUCGCGGGUUGUCAUACCUCCCCCGUACUCUGCGGCCGAGAGCGGGGGCGGGGGGAGCGAGGCUCCCCUGGAGCUGCGGGGUUCACUCGACUGCUGGGCCUGCUCGGUUCUGGUGACGGCCCAGAACCUGGUGAUUGCUGCCAUCAACGCCUGCCUCGCCGGACUGGUGUUCGGCACCAUUCUGACCCCGGCCAUCGUCAUGGUCCUGUUCGGCUUCCUGUGCCACUCCUCGGUUAAGCCCCACGGGAAGAACCCCUACUGCUCGGACCUGCUGACGGACGGCGGCUGCGUGGCUCUGCUGGUGGUGGGAUUCCUGUUGGUCACCCCCCUGCUGGUCCUGGCGCUGGCUGCGUACUGCCGCCUGGCUCGCCACCUCCAACUGGGCCUGUGCUUCAUCCCGUACAGCCGGGCCGUGUACAAGAACCUGCCGGCCUCCCAGCACCGCGGCCUGGGCACAGGGUGCUGCGGAGGCGGAGAUGCAGCCGACAGCGGCGGGAAAGGAAAGGUCUGGGUGUGAGAGCAAGAAGACAGGGGGAGGGUAAUUAUAAAGGGAAGAGGACGAGAUUCUUAUUGGCUGUUAGUAACUUUACAUCAACACCAUGAAGUAUUCAUCGGAAUAGGAAACGCAGAUGCUUAAAUCAAUGUAAUCCAAAAAAUUUGUAAAAGUACUUCUCGUAAAGAAUCACAGGACUGUUUAUGUCACUUCUAAGAUUGUGUUAUUUCCUUUUUUCUAAUAAAAAUUGAAUUUGCA